UUUAUGUUGUAAAUUUGAGCCUAAACACUUUAGCCACACAGCCUGUCUUCCUUCCUCCCGUCUUCUCUGUAUCUCUUUCUAUCUUCUCGGCAUAGAGAAAAAAAUGAAGCUUGCCCAACUCACUCACUAGUCCCUAAAAACCACACCAAUGCCUACAAAUUGAACCAGAACUUCAGAAUCUACAGACCCAUUCCCUUUCUUGUCUUCCCUUUUGAGAAUCUGGGUUUUCUCCGCGAGAGAACCCCCCCGUGUAAUUAAAUGCUGACUCAAACGCUUCCCAUUUUGCUUUUCGCCUUUCUCAUUUUGUUCCCCUUGGCAAGACCAGAUCUGGGUUCGGACCGAUCUUCACUCUUGGCACUCCGGUCUGCAGUCGGUGGUCGAACCCUUUUCUGGAAUGCUACCGAGCAGAGCCCGUGCGAUUGGGCUGGAGUCAAAUGCGAGGACAACCGCGUCACUGUGCUCCGUCUCCCCGGAGUGGCCCUCUCGGGCCAACUCCCCUCUGGCAUUUUUGGCAACUUGACCCGACUGCGCACUCUCAGUCUGCGACUCAACGCUCUUACGGGUCAACUACCUUCUGAUCUCGCUUCCUGUGUGAACCUUCGCAACCUCUACUUGCAAGGUAACCUUCUUUCCGGUGAAAUCCCCGACUUCUUGUUCACUCUUCGGGACCUCGUUCGGCUCAACCUUGCUUCCAACAAUUUUUCUGGUGGGAUCUCUCCGGGUUUCAACAAUCUGACAAGGUUGAAAACGUUGUUCCUCGAGAACAACCAACUCACGGGGCUGAUUCCGCCUGAGUUAGACAUCCCAAAGCUUGAACAGUUCAAUGUGUCCAACAAUUUGCUCAAUGGGCCAGUCCCUGAGAAACUGCAGUCUUUUCAGGUGGACUCGUUUCUGGGGAAUUCACUCUGUGGGCUUCCCUUUGAAACGUGUUCUACAAAUGUGACCCUUCCGGGCGAAAACAACAAAAACAAUGGCGGAAAGAAGUUGUCUGGCGGUGCAAUUGCGGGUAUUGUGAUUGGAUCUGUUUUGGCUUUCCUGCUUAUCCUUGUAAUCUUCUUGGUGUUGUGCCGGAAGAAGAGUAGCAACAAGAAGACGAGCGCGGUCGACAUUGCGACAGUGAAGCAUCCGGAGGUGGAGAUUCCGGGCGAGAAACCAGAAGGGGAUGUCGAGAACGGCGAGUAUGGAAAUGGGUACUCGGUGGCAGCAGCUGCGGCGGCGGCGAUGACUGGCAAUGGGAAGGCAGAAGCAAACAGUGGUGGCGUAGGGGCUAAGAAGUUAGUAUUUUUUGGGAAUGCGGCGAGGGUGUUUGAUUUGGAGGAUUUGUUGAGGGCGUCGGCGGAGGUUUUGGGGAAGGGGACUUUCGGGACGGCGUACAAGGCGGUUUUGGAGAUGGGGACGGUGGUGGCGGUGAAGAGGUUGAAGGAUGUGACAAUUUCGGAGAGGGAGUUCAGGGAGAAGAUUGAGGCAGUGGGAGCAAUGGAUCAUGAGAAUUUGGUCCCUCUCAGGGCUUACUAUUAUAGCAGGGAUGAGAAGCUGCUUGUGCAUGAUUACAUGACCAUGGGAAGCUUGUCUGCGCUCUUGCAUGGAAACAAAGGAGCAGGUAGAACUCCAUUGAAUUGGGAUAUUAGGUCUGCCAUUGCCCUUGGAGCGGCUCGUGGCAUUGAAUAUCUUCACUCUCAAGGCCCCAGUGUCUCUCAUGGAAACAUAAAAUCAUCCAACAUCCUCCUCACCAAUUCCUAUGAUGCCCGAGUUUCUGAUUUUGGCUUAGCACACCUUGUCGGUCCCUCCUCCACUCCGAACCGAGUUGCUGGCUACCGAGCCCCUGAGGUCACUGACCCUCGGAAGGUAUCCCAGAAGGCAGACGUCUAUAGUUUCGGUGUAUUGCUCUUGGAACUGCUAACUGGGAAAGCGCCCACUCAUGCCCUUUUGAACGAGGAAGGGGUCGACCUUCCCAGAUGGGUGCAGUCCAUUGUUAGAGAAGAGUGGACUUCUGAGGUCUUUGAUCUUGAGCUCCUCCGGUACCAGAAUGUCGAGGAGGAGAUGGUUCAACUCUUGCAGCUUGCAGUAGAUUGUGCUGCCCAAUAUCCUGAUAAACGCCCUUCAAUGUAUGUAGUGGCAAAGCGGAUUGAUGAGCUACGUCGUUCUAGCUUGCGAGACAAUCACAACCCAGAAUUCGAUCACAUAAAAUGAUUCAGAUCAUGUGACUUUCUCAGUGAGUUCUUCAGUGCAUGCCACCAUCCUUCCUAAUGGAUUGUAGAAGGCUCUUCACUUCUUUGUUAUGCCCAUAUAUUGCGUGUUAAUUUUUGUGUUUUGGUUGUAUGUUUAAUCCGGGCCUCAUCUUCUUUCCUUAGGACCAACUGUCAAGUUUAUUUUAAUUUCCUUUUUAAUUUUUUUUUUUUACUUCUCCCAUUUCCCAUUGUACUUGCAUGUAUUAUUUUUUUUUUCCCUUUUUUCAUUAAUACUUUGGGGUGGAUAUCUCUUACAUUAGUUAUUGUUGGAUAAUGGUGGUUGUAAUUAUUACUUUUUUUGCUUUUA